GCACUUUUUUCGUAGUGGGAUUAAUCAGUACUAGUUAUUGUUUAAUUGUUCAUGGUUGUUACCUUUUCAAGGAUAGCUUAAAUCUGGGUGGAUGGCGUUGAGUCUAUUUGAUUCCAUUGUUUGGUUUUGUAGUUGUUUAAGUUGAUUAUUUUGAUUUCCACUACCAGUAUUACUAUGGCGAUGAUGAUGAUGAUAAUGGCGAUUAGUUUUAGUAUUAUUGUAAUGCAAUAGCUGCUUUGCUGUUGUAAUCAUGAUCUGACGUCCACCUCAGUAGCAUGCGCAAUUUUUUUUUCUUCUUUAGGUUGAAUAUUAAAUACUGCAAUGUGCAGUAGUAAAAGCCACAGGUUAGUUACAGUCAUUCAUAGACAAUUAAAAAAAAAUAAACGCCUUUAGGCCUAUCUCUGUUUAUUAAAAAGUACAAGGUUUGUAGAAAGUCAGUCGUCAAUAAGUUUAGAAAUAUGUAUUUUGAAUCAUUUCCUUUUGUUUUGAGUUGCUUUUACUGUCAAUAAAAUGUAUUGUUUCUCGUUUACUAACAUUAUUAUAAACUGAAGAAGAAACGUCUGUUUCUUCUGACCUUAACGUUGGCCUUGUCCAAAUCACUAGAUUCACUUUGGCCUGCAAUUCAACAGCAAUAUUGUAACAUCAUAGUAUGAGCCAUAUGUAAACUACAUUAAGUUAGCAUUUUUGCAACCUGAUUGGAAGUAAAGUGCCGACUGUAAUGCGUUUAAAAAACAUAAAGUGUAUCUUCUACUCCCAAAACAGGACACCAGAAAUAUUUUAAACUGUACCUGGCUUUUUUGGUAAUUCAAAUCAAGUGAGGCAUCUGACUCCUUGAUUUUGAAUGCUUAUUACCUAGUUUUCUCUGUAUCAGUUACCUAUGUAAACAGUUUCCAUGUCAUUUAGAAUCCGCAAAUUGUUACGGCACAGAUGCACAUUUUACGCACGACAAUACCAACUCAGAAUUGACAAGAAAGGGAAGUAUUUAGGAAAGGAGAGGACUAGAAAAGCACUCCAAUGUAAUAUUUCCCAAAAAUACUAAAUAAAAAUAAUAAUUCAGUUGUUAUAAUUUGUUUAUCCCAACAACAAAAAACAUCAUUUUAAUCAGUUAGAGAAGCCCAAUGUAAUAUUUCUCUGAAGACAAACCUGCGGGUUAAAAUUCUAGAUUAAAUGUUUAUUUACUCUAGUUGAUGUGUUAAUAACGGACUUGAUUAUUUUUUUAUUUUUUUAUUUUGAUUUCAUAAAGAAAACACUAACAUAGCCUAUUCCGAGCAAUGUUCAUUUUCCCAAUGCCAAGCUUUUCAUUGGUUCCUGUUUACAUGAUGCCCACAGGAGACCUGGUGAUUGGUGGCGCUUUACACGUGACCAGACAACUUUGUACAUUUGAUAGAGAGUAGGAGGGUUUUGUGGAGAUCAGAAAAACGACAGCGCGAUAAAAAUUAGUAUUGUUGCACUUCACAAAUUAAUGAUCAUGAGUUCGUACUUGAUAAACUCGAACUAUAUCGAACCUUCCUUUCCUCCAUGCGACGAAUAUCAACAAAACGGAUACAUCCCCGCCCCUACUGAGUACUACGAACGGCCAAAAGAUACGGGCUUUCCCCACCACGACGAGGCGUCGUAUCCGAGGUCAAACUACACAGAACCGAGCUACGACUACGGUAAUGUCCCCAGCAAUGGGCUUGAUGAUUUUACCGACAGACAUCACGCACAACCUCAGCCCGUUGGCCAGAACCAUGGCCCUCGCCUCAACCCAGUCCCAGACACUGGUGCGGUGGCGGACGUCAGCAAAGAUUGCAGCCUCGCGGCUGAGUCGUAUCCCAGCGCACAGAAGGGCAAGGAACCGGUGGUCUAUCCUUGGAUGAAGAAGGUCCACGUUAACACCGUCAAUGCUAGUUACAAUGGAGGAGUGCCCAAGAGGUCCCGCACUGCCUACACCCGCCAACAGGCUCUUGAGCUAGAGAAAGAAUUCCACUUCAACCGCUACCUGACCAGACGCAGGCGCGUGGAGAUUGCACACACGAUGUGCCUGUCCGAACGUCAAGUGAAGAUUUGGUUCCAGAACAGAAGGAUGAAGUGGAAGAAAGAUCACAAGCUGCCGAACACCAAGAUUCGCUCCGCAAGCUCAUCUUCAUCUUCCGGAGCCCAGCAGCAACAACAGCAGCAUAUCAAAACAGGCACGCACCAGCAGCUCGUUCCCACGCCGUGCGCAUCGAACCUAUAGUGAUGGAACCCUCGCGCCAAAAAACAACAGACUGAGAAAGGCAAACAGAACACAGCAACGGAAUUUUGUGGACCGAUUCUCGAGUAUGUCCUUCACAGUAUUAACCCCUUCCCUAGGCCGUUGGGCCUGACGCGUCCUUCUUGUCCGCUCUCAUCCUCCUCUCUUCGUGUGUUCGCUCUCUUCUCAUUUUUUUAGCUCGAAAUCCGUCACUUGCUGCCCACGAAGGCACCUCAAAUGUAUGUAUUUGUUUAUUGAGACAGAAGAAUUACGCACAUUCAAAUGCACCGCAGGACUUUGGACUAUAAGUAUACUUCUCAUUGCAUAGAAUAAAAAGAAAGCGAAUGAGAACAGAGACACAAGAGCUCAUUUUUCUUUUUCCUCUAUGCAAUGUUUUUGUUGUUUCUCAUGGAAAGUUCUAAUAUACUUGAAAGAAAGACUAUGUUUUAGGAAAGCCCACCGGCGAGCUAUCAGAUGUUUUAGGAUGGGUUUGGGUCGGAGUUAGGAUUAAGCUCGUGUGUGUGAGUUGGUUUACUGUUGAAUGUGUUAUUAAGUCGUGUAAUGUCCAGGUGUCUUUCAACCCUAAUGUCAAUGGAAAAAUCAUAGGAAGGCACAAUAUUGAAUCAAUUUUGUCUUUUAAAAAAGGCAUCCCUUUUUGUUUGUUUGUUCGUGUUGAAGUGUUAACUAGUUUUAUCUGUGAUAGUGUCUCACAAUUUUGUGUUGUGAUCUAAACUGUGAAUAUUUGUAUAUGUUGUCUGAUUAACUGACGUUGUAACAUUGUAAUGUAGUUUAGGCCCAUGCAAGAAACUCCCCGUGAAAUAAAUAUGUACUUCAAUAUAUGACUGA